AUGGAGGCAGAGAACAUUGGAGUAGGGAGUUCCAACAACGUUGUGGUAGAUAUGGUUAAGGUUCAUUCCUUUGCUGGUCUUAAUGAAGACAUCCCUUCAUGUAGUGCACUUGUGAACAUCAAUGAAAAGGUCAAAGAUGUCGAGGAUAAAGGAGAUGGGAAUGUCGUGAAACUAGAUGAUGAACAUGGCUUUAAAGUGGGUGACUUUGUAUGGGCCAAAAUGAAGUCUCAUCCAUGGUUGCCAGGACAGAUCUACGACCCACAGGAUGCCUCUGAAUUUGCACUUAAACACGGCAUUGAGGGUCGUCUCUUAGUAGCAUUUUUCGGAGAUGGUUCUUGUUCUUGGUGCUUACCUAAUCAGUUGAAACAUUUGGUCGAAAAUUUCAAAGAGUUGUCAGUUGAUGGUAGUUCCAGGAGCUUCGCCAUUGCCGUAAAGAGUGCUGUCGACGAGGUUUGUCGAGUUGUGGAGUUGAAGAUGACAUGUAAAUGCCUGCCAGUAGAGAUUAGAGAUAGGCUUGCUAAACCAGUGGUGUCAAAUGCCGGCGUCAAAGAAGGAGUUCUUGCGCCCGAGGUGGAUAUAAGUAGGCUUUCUGUGGCUAACUAUAGUCCUGAGGAUAUACUCUCUAAGGUGGUUUUGAUUGCUAGAGGUGUUAUGGUUGAGAAUGAGCUUGAGUUUGCAGUCUUAAGAAGUUGGCUGUCUGUGUUCUACCAGGCGAAAGGUGGUUAUCGGUUGCCUAAGUGCUGCGAAUCCCUUCAUAUUAGCAUGGGGGAGAAUGGCGAAAAAACGGACAAAGAUUCUACUGAUUUUAGUUUCACAAUUGAUGUCCCUAUACAGAGGUUGGAGAAUGGUACGGUGUCGGUCUUAUCAGACGACAAGAGUAGUCAUAGAAGGAAGAAAAGAAGAGUUUCUGGACUUGUGGAUGACAAUGUCAAAGUGAAGCCCAUGAAGAACCAAUAUGCUGUUAAAGAGGGUAAAGAAGUUGACAAGGAUUCUUUGAAAGAAGGGUCUGAAUCCCGUGAAGUAAGAACUGGGAGUGUACUAAAUGGAGGGAUCGGAAAUGGGAAUUGUGCAAACAAAGGUACCUUAUCUGGGAAACGGGAGAAAGAUGAAGCUGAUACUUCUGCAGGUGCUCAGAAGUUAUCUUCAACUAGGGAAAGGAAGAAGAGUAAAUACUUAUCUCCUCCUUAUACGAGCCCUCAAUCGCAGGUCAGCAAGUCGAGAAUUUCUAAGGUAGAUUCUUCGGAGAGCCAUAUCAAGAAAGCUUCCGGAGGCCUUUCAGCAACUUCACCUGUUUCUGAAUUUCAUGUUGAUGGAAUUCUUCAUAACGCAUCUGCUACUGUGAAUCCUUCACCUGCAGCCAAGAAGUGUAAGAAGAUGAGUUUUGAUGAAUCUGAUGUUGUCGACGUACCUGCGGAUGGAUUGCUGUCAGAACUCGAGUCUGCUGCACUAGAUGCUCUUUAUUUAAGCAGGGCGGGUUCGCUCGACAUGGUACAGGCAUUUGCUUCUGCAUUUAGAAGCUCAUCAUACUUAUACGGGCCGGACUAUAAGCUGUUUCAGAAAUGCAAAACAAACAGGAAGAGGAAAGGAUCUAUAAGGAAUCAAGAAGCUGGUCUAGAACACAGAAAUGCAAAAUCAGGCCCCAAAACUAGUAAGGCGGUGAAGACUGAAAGGAAAUCAAAAAUUUCAAGGAAAGCUUCAGAGGUUUCUAUGAUAAGAUAUGACGAGGAGAAAAGAGAUGAAAAUGCAUCAUCUUGCCUUACCCUGACUUUCUCACCUGAAUUUCCUUUGCCAUCAAAGGAACAUGUUGUGAAGCUGUACAGGCAGUUUGGGGCUUUGAGCGUAGAGGAAACCACUGUGGCAACGGAUUCGAACUCUGUAAAGAUUGUUUAUAUGAAGGGCUCGGACGCAGAGGAUGCCUUCAAGUCAUCAAUAAAUCAGAGGCCUUUUGGUGUCAAGAAUGUCGUGGACUAUUCGUUGCAGUACACUUUGGGUGGGAAUCAUCUGAAGAAUCCAUCUCCUUGUAAGGAGGUUACUGAGAAAAAGGACUGCUGCCAAGUAACAGAGGAAGAUAUUUGUUGGUCUGAUGUUCAAGUUAUCAGGAAAAAACUUGACGGAAUGAUCAGAAUUCUGGACAAUCACCCAAAAUUUUCGCCAGAUGCUGAGUCUGACUUGAAGGAUGCUUUGAAGAAUCUCCUAGAGACUCUGGAAACACUCGGUGUGAAGGUGGUGGGAGUCUUGGAGGCGAAUUCGUCGUCUUAAAGAAUGUUCAAAAUUGCCCAAACCUUCCUGGAGCAACAGAUAUCUCUAUGUAGGUUAGUGUUAACUUUGGCUACGCCUCUUAACUUUUGGCUUUUUGCAUCUCUCAGUGUUAGAAUUGCCGCAUGAUGUAGUAAUAGGACAGCAGUUAGUAGUAGUGUUAUCCUGCAACAGUUAAUCUGAUCCUAGGAAAUGAAAUUUUACUUGCCUGGAUGAAUAUCCUCUUUCACCUGCAACUGCAAGACUCUCGAGCUUCUUCACCACGUGUGGAAAUUGGUUUGUUGGCCAUCUCAGGA